CUGCUCUCAACUGUCCCCAUUUGACGUAUGGGUGGUGCAUGCGACAACUAUUUAAAUUGUUGCUUUAGCGUGCCUUUCGCAUUCUAGCAGGUUCUCGUUGUCGACAUGCUGAAUAUGAACAGAAAAGUGGCACUGAUUACGGGCGCGUCAUCCGGAAUUGGAGAAGGAACGGCUCUUCGAUUUGCUUCAUUAGGUUGCUGGCUUUCCUUAACAGCGAGAAAUAUGCUCGCUUUGGAAGAAGUGGCGGAGAAAUGUCGAGCCAAAGGUGUUCCCAAGGAGAAGGUUCUGGUCAUUCAAGGAGACAUUAGCUCGGAUGACGACAUCACCGCUAUUGUGAAAAAAACUGCGGAUCACUUCGGGAAAAUUGAUAUUUUGGUCAAUAACGCCGGGAUGACCAAGGUUGGGCCUCUAGGAGAAAUUUAUAUGGAUGAACUUGACGAGCUUUACAACACAAACCUACGCUCUGCCUUUAACAUGACACAGCAGGUCCUUCCGUAUCUGAAGAAAACAAAAGGAAACAUUGUUAACGUCUCGAGCAUCGCAACUUUACGAUCAUCAGAAAACAUUUCACCCUAUGCCAUUAGCAAAGCUGGAUUGGAUCAGCUUACCCGUUCAUCUGCAUUGGAGUUUGGCCAAUAUGGAAUUCGUGUUAACUCAGUGAACCCUAGCGUUAUUGACACCCCGAUGGCAACGCGGCAUUUCAAGAAGGCCGAACAAAAAGAAAAGGUGCUAUCCAUGAUGGGUGCUUGGCAGGCUCUCGGACGCGUGGGCACUGUAGAUGAAGUGGCCAGCGCCAUCGCCUUCCUGGCUUCGGACGACGCAUCGUUCAUCACCGGCCACUUGCUGCCUGUCGACGGUGGCUCUCUCCUCCUAGGAGGCCUCAAACCUAUGUAUUCACCAGAAGCAGAGGCUGCGUCCACACUUGCCACCGACGCUGUUGGCACACUUGGACAGUGAUAUGAGUUGACCAGAAAAUUGUGACGGGAAAAUAUUUUUAUAUCUGUCAAAUAAUAAAAAUGAUAAUAAAGUAUAU